AAGUUUUGCAAUCGGUUAUGUUAUUGUUUGGCAAUGUUUCUGAAUUUUAGGAUAUAAGAUACAUGUUCGAAAUACCCAAACUAGUGACUUAAAAAGAGAAGUCACUAUUUGAGAAUAGUGCAUAACACGUUUAUACGUUUCGUACUGCGCAAGAAGCGGGAGAGGUAGCAAAUCGGAGAGUUGCGUGCUGUUUUAUUCGGUGUUUGCUUCCUGUUUGUGAAUUUCGUAAAAAACUGCGUUUAUCUUACGUUUGACGAGGUCUUACGUGCUUGUGCACCCGACAAACAUUUUUUAGACUAUAUAAUGGGUUAAUAUUUUAGGUAAUGUACAACUCUUUGUGUAUUUCAUUGCAUAUUAUGAAUUCAGCAUAAAUGUUGCAUCUUAUAAAAAAUCUUUUAUAUUGGAAUGUUAUAUGACAGCUUAUAAAACACAUGGCAGACCAGAACAGUACAAAUUGUGAUGCACUUUGUGCAAAUGAUGAAGUUGAAAUUGAAAGUCUAAACAAGAGGUUGUUACAGUUAUUGUCUGUGACGAAAACUCCAUCAAAAGCUGAUGUUAAAAGUAGCACAUCUCAGCCAUUGUGUAAUAUUAAUAAUGAUAGUAGUGACAGCCUUAGAGAUGAAACUAAAGCAUCUAAUUCACAGAUGUUUAGUCAUUAUAAAUAUGAUUGUUCCUUUUUACAUCAUGAUGCGCCAGUUAAUUUGUCUACUGUACCAAAUUAUCUACCACCCAUUGGUGUAUUUUGGGACAUAGAAAAUUGUCAUGUUCCGAAAGGAAGGUCUGCCAUAGCUGCAACACAAGUAAUUAGGGAAAAAUUUUUUAGUGGUUAUAGGGAAGCAGAAUUUAUUGUGGUAUGUGAUGUUUGUAAAGAGAAUAGUCAAGUUGUAAAAGAAUUGAAUGAUGCUCAGGUCAAUCUAAUACAUGUAGCGAAAAGAUGUAAAAAUGCUGCUGAUGAGAAGCUUAAGCAAUCUAUUAGGAGAUUUGCUGAUAUUCAUGGAAGUCCAGCAGCUGUAAUUUUAAUAUCUUGUGAUAUUAAUUUUGCUGCGGAUCUUAGUGAUUUACGUUACAGAAAGAAAAUUCAUGUGAUACUUUUACAUAUGAAGAAUACAUCUGAAGCAUUAAUAGUAUGUGCUAAUGAGCAUUAUGAUUUUUUAGAACUUAUGGAAUCACUGCCGUCCAGGACUGUAAAGGUUGCUGUACAUUAUGACCUUCUAGUUAGCAACCUUCCUGAAGAUCAAAAUGUUGUAUCCAUUAAACGUCGUCUAAAGCAAUUAUCUGAAAAUUGUGGUGGCCGAGUAGUAGAAAUUCAAUCAAGUACUGCAAUUGUCCGCUUUACUUCAAAAAUCUUUGCUAUCAGGGCUCAGAAACGUAUGGAUGGCGAGAUUGUCCUUGGUUCGAAAAUUUGUGUAAAAUUUCAAAAAGAGAAAAGGAAUAAUUUCCAUAAAAUUCAAGGAAAUUCUACAGGAAAGAAUACUUCUAUAAGUGAAUCAGAAAUUGUUACUAGUUCUCCUAAACAAAUGUAUAGUGCGAGCGCUUCGUUAGCGGCUGGGAGAGCCCUUCAUGUUCCACAUUAUCAAUCUUCGUCACCUGUUAUUGGAGCAUAUUCCGGAUGGAGUGCUCACUGUGCUCCUGUUCCAGCGCCACCAGGAAUAAUACAACCGCCAUCUAUUUUUGUUGGGAGACCAUAUUCAAAUAAUAAUAAUGUAAGUUUUAAUAGAAAUUACAAUGAAUUAUCAAGGGUCCAAUCUCCACUGCUUUGGCAAAUUUCUGGUUCUCAACAAUUUAGUCAUAUGUGGGAAGAACAGUAUAAAGUGGAAAAGACAAAAGUACUUAGUAGAAGGAUUCAUAUCCCGCAGGCUCGGGAUAAUGGAGUAGCGAGUAAUACAUCUUCUCGUACUCCUGAAAAUUUAAGACGUAUUAGAGGAACGCACACGUCUUUUGUUCAGUCUGCUGAAUGGACUGGAUCAAGGCAACAACAUCCUUCAUUAAAUACUUCAUCAAGUUUCAAUGGAACUGGUCAUGCUCAGCCAAAUUUUAAUCGUCGUAGUCCAUCUCCAUUGUGUGACCUGCAACCAAGAGAACGACAACAGUGGAAUGGACAGAAUCAACACUCUGUACCUUCACGAAGUUCUAGAACGCCUUCACCUUAUGAGAAUACAGUACAAACAGCAAACCAACAAAACAGUCACACUUCACCUUAUCAUUUAGGUGAUGUAGAAAGCGAAGAAGUUGAGAAAUUUUUCAAUCCAAUAAAUAAUCAUAAUGGAAGUUCGGUGAGCAACGAAACAUGUACACCUAUCGAAUUGCAAGUAACUAAUUUAGACCAAAGUAUUAACCCAAAAAAAAUGCGACACAUGCUUGCCUCUAUUUUCUUAGAACAUGUGAUGGUGUUAAAUGUUUCUAUGUUUACGCAAUCUGAUGGUAACUUUGCAGCAAGCGUUAAAGUACCUUCUUUAUCAGAUGCGCAGUACGCAAUUUCUCAAUUACAUCGUCGUAAAGUAGGAUAUAAACGUAUUUUAAUAGCGUAUGCUCACAGCGGUAGAGCAAGCCCUCAAGUUGUGCGAGCUCAAAUCGUAAUGUUGUUGCAAGAAGUACCAGGCCAUAAACUUCCACUUUUUAAAUUUCGAGAAAUGUACGAGUGUCGUUUUAUGAUUUCCAUCAGCGUAUCCGAACUAUAUAAAAUGAAAGAUGUUUGUAUUGUGACGGAAGAUCCUGGCGGUAGAAUGGUAUCCCUCAAUCCAGAUCACAGGAACACUCCAUCGCCAUGUUUCAAUACUACAACUCAGGAGGAACAAGUAGAGUUACCCUAUUGUACUAUUCAUACGUUAAAACCGUGGUCGGAUAAAGGAUGGGCUGAACAGAAAGUAGCGUCGCUUCCAAACGUGAGAAUUUCGCUGAAAGUUCUUGAUCCACGUAUACAUCAAUUGCUGACGAUGCAUAAUGGAAGCUUACCAUUGCCUAGUUUGCCAAAUUGUUAUGAAGCUGAAUUUAAAGAAAAAUUACAAGUCUGUGAAAAUGGAGUACCUUUAGAACACUUAGUAUCCUGCUUAUCAUGUGUUGAAUUAAAACAGGGUAUUGGUAGUGUGAAAUACCUUAUUUGGACCGGGAAUAAAACUCACGAUAGUAAUCACGAAGAAAACAAGUGUGUGAGUCCUCCCCUUGCAAAUCAGUUAGCACUUUUUAGUCGUGAAUUAGUUGAUCUAUUAAAAACUGCUCCACAUUGCCAAUUGCCAUUUAAUAGAUUUAUACCUGCAUACCAUCAUCAUUUUGGAAGGCAAUGCAGGGUUGCAGAUUAUGGGUUCACUAAACUUAUCGACUUACUAGAAGCUCUUACUCAUACUGUGCAGGUAAUGGGCGAAGGAAAUAAUCGUGUAGUAACAUUAUCGCAUCGUGCACAAGUACGUCGUUUUACGUCAGAUCUAUUAAGAGUUUUAAAGUCCAAAGCUAGUAAACAAGUAGCACUCUCAGAAUUCCCAAGUGUUUAUUCCAGAGUAAUAGCUAAACCGUGGGAUAUUGUGGAUUAUGGUGUAUGCGAAAUUGAGGAUAUUCUUAGCGAGGUAUCAGAAAAUACUGUCGUGGUUACUACGAUUAGUGGUGGAGAUAAAAUGAUAGCGAUUCCUAAACGGGAACAAACAGCGGAAGAAAUGGAACGAACAAAGCAAUUCGCAGUCGAGGUAAUAGAACUACUGCGGCACGCUCCUCAAUGUAGAAUGCAAUUCAAUAAAUUUGUACCAUCGUAUCAUCACCAUUUCGGCCAUCAGUGUCGCGUAUCAGAUUAUGGUUUCACUAAAUUAAUCGAAUUGUUUGAAGCUAUACCAGAAGUAGUUAAAAUAGAAGAUGACAAUUCUGGCGAAAGACAAAUUUCUUUAACUGAAAAAGAAGGCCUCCGCGUACUUUCUGAACAAAUAUCGAAGUUAGUCACGCGAUCGAAAGGUUGUCUUAGCAUUACAAGCAUCGCUCAACAUUUCUUAAGACAAUUUGGUUAUGCAUUGAAACCAGAAUUAUUUGGAUGCACGUCCAUAUUGCAACUUAUGCAAAAACUUGGAAACACUGUAAAGAUCAUGCAUCUGACAACUGGACCUACAAUUGUAAUGAUUAACAAGUCUCACUUGCAACAACUGACUUUGCAAUGUCGUCGGUUGUUAAUGGAUAGAGCACAAAAUAAGAUGCCACUUAAGGAGUUUCAACAAUUAUAUGUUCAGUAUUACUUAAAAUCGUGUAAUAUAGAUGAACUCAAGCAAAACUUGUCGAAUGUUGUUCAAUUUUCAAUGGUGAACGAUGAAGAAUUUAUACAACUUACUUCGUUACAUUCUUUCGCUUGUAAUUUAUAUCGAGUCAUGAUGAAUCAUGGUGGAACAUUGAAAUUCUCACAGUUUGAGACUGCAUAUUUAUCUACUAUAGGAUCUGUCUGCAAACCUGCAGAGUAUGGUUAUCCAACAAUUUUUUCACUCCUGCAGGCUUUACCUUGUACAGUAACGAUAAAAUUAUCACGGCGAAAAAAGUAUAUUAUAUAUCUGAACAGGAACAUAGCUGUUGCUGGUAUGCCAUUACCACCAACUUACACAUCAGCAUCGUCGUAUCGUGAUACGGAUUCUAGUAACGAAUCGUUUGAAAGCGAUUCGUCUUUUCGUAUUAACGUUUCUAGUAAUUCAAUUACAUCAGAGGAGCGUGCAAAAUGGGCAGGACAAACUGUUGAGAAUCAAAGUUCUUGGAAGCAGACUGAUGAGAAUAAUUUAUGGUCGAAAGAAUCUGAAAAAUCAUGGAAAUCAUCAGCUUCAGAAAAUCAGUUAGCUAGUUGGUCGUUACAAGAAAAUGGAAGUGAAAGUUUUAUUAAAAAUUUAAUGCAUACUUCAAUUAUAUCGCGUGGUUUUCCACCUCCACCUCCUAAACCAGAUUCUCCACCUGAGGAAAAUUUGAACAAAAACCAAUGGGAUUCAUCAGUUUGGAUGACUCCAACAAAGUUUAUGUAUCCACAGGAGGAACAUCCUACUAAUGUGCAGGUUCCCCCUAUCACAUUACCUCCUUCUUGGAAUCAACUUGUGUCCAGUGAUAGUGCAUCCAGUUUACUAUCGCCAACAAAAAAUUUGUUACCAGCUGCAGCAAAUCCUUUAAACCCACGUACUUCACCCUACUAUUCCUCUAAACUUAAUUUAGUUGUCGCUCCUCAUCCUUCUGAGUUGCCACUACCUUCGUUAUCCUUAACUCCUAAGAAAAAUGUUAUGUCCAAUGAAACUCCCCUAAAAAAAUCAGAAAAUAUUAAUAAUUCAGCAGAAGAAAUGACUCUUAAAAACAAUGGAAAUGAUAGCAAUAGCGUGGAAGAUGAUAACGAUAAGGAAAAAUAUAAUACUCCUGUAAAGCAGUCGUUUACGAGUAAACGUCGUUUAGCUGCUCAGUUUAAUCGACCUAUUGAGUCGUGAAGAAUAAAGUGAAGUAGGAAAAGUGUACAAACGCAUCAAGUACGCUAAAGAAGUGAAGAUUACCAGCAUCGAAAACAUCAUGUAGUGUGUUGAUAUAAUUAAUAAAGGAGGAAUUUAUAGCAUCUCGGUAGGCUGUCACACAGCGGGUCAAUACCUACACACCAUUCCUCCGAAUGAUGGUAGGUACCCCUCAUUUAUAUUUAAAAAUAUACGGUAGUAAUAUAUCGAUUUGAUACAUACAGAAUAAAAGAACAGAAUUUAUUUUCAAGAAGUAUGAAAAUAUACAUAUAUAUAUAUAUAUAAAUAUCUAUAUACUAAGUGAUUAUAAUUUCUGAUUAUGAAAAUAUAAGUGUGCGGCGUUUAUACCGAGUGAUAUACACUGAUUGUAUUAUGUAUCAAAUUCAUGUAGCAUUUUUCAUACUGUGAUAUAGAAUAGAAAGUGCAAAUGAUAUGUAAUGAUACACAAGAACAAAAAUUUAUAAAUGGGUAAUAAUUGUACACCUUUCGUAGGAUUGGGUCAAAAUUCUAUAGUAAAUUUUACUUAUUUCGUUAUGCUAAAUACAUCAUUUGAACGUAAACCGGAUGAUAUUUUGAAAAUAAAAUUUCGUUUAUCAUAUACACGAAUAUUAGAUACUCAUUUAUAUUUUAUAAUAUUAUAUAACAAAAUACGUAUCAAUUCAAACUUUAUUGGCUCAACCCUAUCCGUAAAUUAUUGGGAAAAGCGAAUUGUAUUCAAAUAUUGAAGAUCGUUAAAAUUAUCUACAUGAUAAUGUUAUUAACAAUUACAACAUUGAAUGCAAUUCAUUUUGUAUCGUGUAUACAUUCUACUUUGUAUUUUUAAUUGUACAAUUAUUUUUCUCAUUCGUGUCAGAAAUUUUCUUUCACUAUUAUCUGUUCA